ACAAGUCAUUGGUUUUUCCAACAAAUCCGCUUUUAGUGCAGCACUCAACGCUGCAACUGGACUGAAAAUGGCUAAUUUUCUGUAGAACCAUAGCCAUGUCGAUUCCAGUCGCCGCUCUCCCUUCGCCAACAUUCAAAAUUUCAUCACUUUCUCGUUUCUCCACUCGACUACCUAACCAGGUCAAUUCAUUUCGUUCUUUACCGAUCAAAAUCGAACCCUUCAAUCCAAAACUCACCCAGAAAAGAUUUGGGCUUUUAUACACUAGAAAGUUAGGGUUUUGUCUAAAUGCAGCUGAUAAUGGAGAAGUAGAGAGCAAGAGUAGCGUUGAUGACGAUGGUGCUGAAAAGAUGGCUCGAGGGGAGAGUACUAUGCCUGAUAGGUUCAGGUACCUGACUAAAGAAGCACCUGACCCUCCCGUUAGAUGGCCUUGGUUUGUCGCACUAGGUUUCCUUGUUUAUGCAUGGAGGGCAGUCUUAUUGGAACUAGCUAACUGGAAAAAGUCCGUACAAGCAGUUAUUAGUUUUGUGGGAUACCUCCUGAAACUUCUGUUAGCUGUUAUCUUCCAUUUCAUCGGGGAUCCAAUCACUUCAUUGAUCAAAUGCAUAGAGACUUUGGUCUAUGCUAUUCGGGCCUACUAUUCUGGGAUAGUGGCUUAUGCUCCUGUUCCCGAAUUGACUAUGAUUAUUGUGCUUGCAUCAGCAGUUUUUGCUAUUGCAGAAGCUGCUGUUCCAAAUUCCAUAACCAGCCAACCAUAUCUUCUCACAUUAUCCGGCCUGAUUGGCUAUGCAGCGGUGAAGAACUACAUCUCUGAGCCAUUCUUCUGGACACUUCUUGUUGGUCUGUAUGCUUUUUCACGACUUAUUAAAAAGAGAGAUCAUGUUACAUCUGCUUUGCCUGCUGCUGCUGUAUUGGCUGCCAUUGGUGAACCAUGGGUUCGAGUUUUGGUGAUACUUUCUUAUUUGGCUCUGGCUAUUUCUCACAAUUCAAGGAAAAUUUCUGAUGGAAAGGAAGAAGUUGAAACUAUGGCAACAGGUCAAAGGGUUCCAGUACCAUUGUUAUGUGCAGCCUUAGCCAUUGGAAUUCGUCUUGCUGCUAAGUGGGCUGGCUACCGGCAUUUGACAUGGAUGGUAACAUAAAGUUAAAGAAUUGUAUGAAAUUCAUAUGAUUUCGUCAGUUGAUUCGAGACACAAUACUUUCAACAGGGACAUUGUGAUCUCCUAUUUUGCUGGUUGGCAUCUUUUUUGUUAGGUUUUUCCAGUAUUGCAUUUGUUUUAAAAUAACAGUAUAAUUGCAAGAACCGAUAAAGAAGUGCUGUAUAUUGCAAAAGUGGUCAAUUAGGUUUGAAUAUUUUUGUUUUUUGUUUACUGAAUCUAGCUUCAUGUUAAUAUCUACAGAACUAUAAUGCAAAGUUAUUGAGCAUUUUGUUUCAUGUAGCAAGUUUA